UUUUCAUCUAAACUUCCUACUUCCUAGAGGGGUUAGUCGCAACAGACAAAGAUGCCACGUAAUGACAUGACGGGUUUACUUGAACUUGAAGGCCAUAAAUACACCUUCCCUCUGCUCCUCUGCUUCUCAGAGCUCACCAUUGAAAGAGAGGAGGUAUAACACAACGACAAUAUGAGCAGCGAGAGAACGACGCCGCUUUCAGUGCCGGUAGGCUACAGGUUCCAUCCCACCGAAGAGGAGCUGGUGAACCAUUAUUUGAAGAAGAAGGUUCAUGGCGGAAAUGAUUCCGAAAUCAACCAGGUCAUCCCUGAAAUCGACCUCUGCAAAUACGAGCCGGCUGAGCUUCCUGCAUUGUUGGGGACUGAGACAGAGGCUCAUGACAUGGAGUGGUUCUUCUUCACCAGAAGGGCUUAUAAGUACAACAAAAGCUCUCGCUCGAAUCGGAGCACCAAGAAGGGAUACUGGAAGAUCACAGGGAAGGAGCGUGGAAUUAAAGCUCGACGAUCCAAAGCUGUGAUUGGGAUGAAGAAGACAUUGACUUUUUACCAGGGUCGUGUGCCGAAAUCGAAGAAGACCAGCUGGGUCAUUCAUGAGUGCUAUCUUCCUGGAAAUGGAGUUAUUAAGCAGACCCAGGGCGACUUUGUUAUCUGUCGCUUGAAGAUUAGAUCAGAUAAGAAGGAUUCUUCAGUCAGUAAUGAAGGAGAACCUGGAAGCGCGAGUGUGUCUGAAAUGAAUCAAGAGGGAAAUGAGGAGUUGCUAUUCCAUCAACCUCAGCCUCUGGAUGACUGCUGCUCCUCAGCACUGCAGUCACCGGUGUCCCAAAAGCUGGAAGCUGUUCUGCAAACCAACGUCACUAAUGAUGAUUGUAAUGAGUUACAAUCACCAUUUGGAGAUAGUGAUUCUUGUCUAUUAGACGGGAAUGAAGUUUCAACCUGUGAUGAAAAUGAGGCUGUGUAUGAUGUGUUUCCACAGCUACGUGAUCUGCCAGAUCAAAAUCUGGAUUCACUCUUUGGUCCACUUCAGCCACAAGAGUGCUGCCACACCGUACUGCAGUCACCAAUAUACACAAAGCUGAGAGAUGUUCCACAUCCACUUCAGCCACAAGAGUACUGCCCCUCCAUACUGCAGUCACCAAUAUACACAAAGCUGCAAGAUGUUCUACAUCCACCUCAGCCACAAGAUUACGAGCCCUCAAAGUUUCAAUCACCAAUAUACACAAAGCUGGGAAGUGUUCCACAUCCACUUCAGCCACAAGAUUACCAGCCCUCAAAGUUGCAGUUACCAAUAUACACAAAGCUGGGAACUGUUCCAGAUGCCAAUCUCUAUUGUGGUGAAUGCAAUAAUUGGCAAUUUGCAGUUAAAAAAAAUGUUUCAACCGAUGAAGUUGGCAUAUUAGUUAGACAAAUCAUGUCUAAUUUUGAAAAUCAAGCUACAGAUUUUAAGAUUCCAGAGGUGAGAAUGGUGCAUCAUCCUCAAACCAAAGGAAAUUUGGAAUCAGUGGUUUAUCCAUUCCAGCCACAAAAUUUCACGUCGCAGCCACUGAUGUACACAGAAUUUGGAGAUGCUCUACAUAAUACUGAAAGCAAUGAGUUGCAAUCUUCAUUUGGGGAUAAUGACUCUUCUCUCACAAAGUUCUUGAAUACAAAUUUUGCUUACCAGGAUUGUUACUCGGUUGAUUAAACAGCAGACUCCUUUCAAAGACUCUAACCUGCCAAACUCACUAGGAAGGGUCUACCAUGGGGAUAGUGGAGUAAGCAAUGAUUCAAACACUGAAGUAGCCCAUGGAUGGGUACAAUAUUCGUCUGCAUUAGCCAUUGGAAAUACCCUCCAAUGUAGCCAAUGAACUCCAAAAGGUCUGAUAUUAUCCUACAAAGAUACGACAAUCUUCUAAGUAACACGAACUUUUUUAGCGGGAUUGAUGGUUUGCUCUUUGCACUGAGAUUGUUAGGUAGAAUGGUCCCGGACCUCAUUCUUGAUAGUAAAUAAAAAUGUCACUAAACCAAUAGCUAGUUGGGUUAUUUGUAAAUUAGUUGUUACUUACAGUUACUGAAAUGUAAUAGCUAGUUGGUUGAUGGAGUAUUAGUUGCAAAUGUGUGUGAUUGUUAAUAGUUUGAAACCUUAUAAGUAAUUUAUCAAGUUUAAUGGGAUUUUGUGUA